ACAUUUUGUCUGAGGGUAAACUAGUCCCUACAGCUGGACACUAGCUUUGUCACUACCAACAGCAAAAAAGCUCCACACUGUUGACAGGCUGGCGUUUAAUCUCCACGAAAAACAAGCAGGCAGACGUGAGGACGUCCAACUUUAUUAGUUUCCAGUUUAAGUAAUGAAAGAUAAACACGUCCUCCCUUCAUGCUUACUUUCAACAAAAAAGAAGUUAUGGAUAUUUGCAACGGGAAGAAGAGGAGACAGGUAAGCGGCGGUGUGCGGGGCUGCAGGCGGAGGGUGGCCGUGAAGAUGAAGCGGGAGUUGGGGAAAGUGCUCCGUUCCUUACGGGUAGAGGACAACAACCGCACGGAGCCCAUGGAGGAGGAAGAAGACGACGACUGUUUCUCCAUUAGCUUCAUGCGGAAUGACCGUCUCGAGCCCGCUGUGGCUGUGUCUCCACGGUACAGCUUGCUACGGGAGGUCGGCCGGGGAAGCUAUGGGGUGGUGUAUGAGGCCGUAGCGCGGAAAACAGGGGCCAGGGUGGCGGUGAAGAGGCUCCAAUGCGACGCCCCGGAAAAUGUAGAACUUGCUCUGGCCGAGUUCUGGGCUCUGACGAGCCUGGAGAACCGACACCAGAAUGUGGUGCAGCUGGAGGAGUGUGUCUUGCAGAGGAAGGGCCUGGCCCAGAAGAUGAGCCAUGGGAACAAGCGGUCCAAACAGUACCUGCGUCUGGUGGAGACGUCACUCAAAGGGGAGCGCAUCCUGGGCCACCCAGAGGAGCCAUGCUAUCUGUGGUUCGUCAUGGAGUUCUGUGAGGGUGGGGACCUCAAUCAGUAUAUCUUGUCCCGCCGGCCUGACCCUAGCACCAACCGGAGCUUUAUGCGCCAGUUGACAAGCGCCGUAGCUUUCUUGCACAAGAACAACAUUGUCCAUCGUGAUCUGAAGCCAGACAACAUCCUCAUCUCACAGAAGUCUGGUUCACCCGUUCUCAAAGUGGCUGACUUUGGCCUCAGUAAAGUUUGUGCUGGCCUAAACUCUAAGAACUGUGAAGAGCAUCCUGUAGCUGGAGCAGGCGGCAGAGUCAACAAUCAGAACAACAACAUUGUCAACAUAAACAAGUUCUGGCUGUCGUCAGCUUGUGGCUCAGACUUCUACAUGGCCCCUGAGGUGUGGGAGGGCCACUACACAGCAAAGGCUGAUAUCUUCGCCCUUGGCAUUAUUAUCUGGGCGAUGAUCGAGCGGAUCACCUUCAUCGAUGCAGAUUCCAAGCGUGAACUGUUGGGUACAUAUAUACGGCAGGGAACAGAGAUUGUACCUGUUGGGGAAGCUCUGUUGGAGAACCCCAAGAUGGUUCUCCACAUCCCUCAGAAGGCCAGGAGCUCCAUGUCUGAAGGGGUGAAGAAACUCCUCCAGGACAUGCUUGCAGUCAACCCUCAGGACAGACCAGACGCCUUCCAGCUGGAGGUGCGGAUGGACCAAGUCACGUUUUCUGCAUGACAGCAUUUCCAAAACCUCUCCUUUUUUUUACCCAAACUAGACAAAGAAGGGACCCCUUUCCUGCCCCGAUUCGUUUACUACAUGGACGUGGACUCCAGUGGAAAAAGGAAAAACUGAAAUGUGAAGACAACAAUCAUGAUCUGAGUAGAAAGUGAUGGACUGGCUAAUGAUUCCAAAUCUGUCUGUUCGCAAAACCAGACACUAAGACUUCCAGCCCAGUCCAGUUACAAUCACUUUCACCAGGGAGCUGUCUAACAGCUGGAUAGUGACUGAGCAGAUGUGACAACAAGGUUUAUGAUCUUUGUUGUUUUAUAUUUUUGCUUAAUUCUAUUCCCCGACAGCCCCAGUAUAGGCCUGCACCUCUCUAACAUUUAUAAUGUGUUUGGCUGUGGAACAGGUAAAGUACUGGUCCUAAGCUCAAAGUGUCAUUUUACCCAUAAGUGUGUGAUAACAAUACAUUUUUGUGCCUUAAAAAUUCCAAACAAGUGCGAUUGAAUCAUGGAAUAAAAUGUUUGUUACAGUGGAAAUCUGCACACCAAGACAAACAGAAUCAUGCAGGUGUCUUUCUGCAGCAAUGUGCAAUCGGCCAAUGGAAGUUAUUUGCCUUCAAUGAUGUCACCUUUGCUAAACAAUUCAAUUGGCUGCAAUCAUUUCAAGUGUGGUUGUGAUCAUUUGGUGGCCCUCCUCUUCUAAAAAGCAAGUGCAUCCUUGAUGUUGAAGCUAAAAUAUAAACUAAAUCAUCAAAGUGUUUUGUCAAAAUCCCAGACACGCUAAUGUAAGGAAGACUAAUAAGGUAGCAGGCCUGCGUUCAAUUCUGCGCUAUUGAAACCAAACUAUGUGCAGCAGGGAAUUCCGAUUGGUUUUUAUGUUCCUGUUGAAUCCAAAGAGCAGCUGUUGGACAAAUUGCUAACAUCUGUUUAUCAUAAUGUCAGACGUGUGAACAUAUUUUCCUGAUUUAAAGUCAUAACAAUCAUUAUCAUUUCAUGAGCUUAUGACUGUAUGGUAACUUUGUACUGAAUGUCUUUUACAUUGAGGUUGAGUGUGGCAUUUUAUGACUUUUAAAACAAGUAGUGAAUCAGUUAUAACCUGUCAUUCAGAGAGCUCUGUUCUCCACCCUGAGAGUGUGAAGGUGUUGGAUUAGUGUAAUAUGAAUGCAGGGCAUUCUACGGAGUAGUAUUGAGACAUCUGGCUGAAUCUUUCAUGAGUGAUUUGAAGGCUCUCGCAGGAAAUUUGAAGAUUUGCCAUCUGGAAAUAAGCCCCCAAAGCAGCCAUGGGAUUGUAACUGUCUCCAGCUCACUUGCCCUCCUUACUGAACUGCUCUGCUGUGGCACGUAGUUACAGUUAGUUGAUGGUUGCAAGCAGUGUGAUUUAGUUUGCAAAAGACGUGAUUUAAUUAAAACAAAUCCUGAACCCUGGUGUUAAACAACAAUGUAAAGCCUUAUGACCUGAGGUGACAGGAAGCAAGAAGAACAACAGGAGCGGGAAAGCUUCCACAGAAUGAUUCAAGCGUACAGAACGCUCUGCUAGCGAUCACUUCACCCCUCUGCUUCAUAGCUCUGCAUACCAUCUGAUUACUUUCAGUGACUCAGUAGUAGUACAUUUUAAGGUGUUUUGUUGUGUGGUCCUACCUCAUUCUCAGCACUUUGAACAUCUUACCUUCGCAGUCUUAUUAACUUUGUCUUAGAUACAAGGGGAAGUUCUCUGUGUGCUGUUUAGCUUAGCUAACACCUAGCUUUCCCUUUACGACGGCUACAUCAGCAACACCUGCUAUCUUUUGUCCUUAUAGUUGGAUUAAAGGGAUUAGUCCACAAUUGUGCUGUUAGCAUUCAACAAUUACAUCUCCCAUAAGGCUAUAUUAGAACCCUAAAGGUGUACUGGAGGCCUUGUUGUGUGCAUUUCUAAAGUAAUAAAUGGUUUUAGCUUUUAGCCACACUCAAAGCAGGGAAGAAAACUGUUGUAGCCUUGUGGUUGAGCUAGAUGCAUCAAUUUGGAGCACCCUGGGUGUGGUAGUUAGGGUUAUAAAGGGAUAAAACACACAACAGAAAAGAGGAUGCACCUUUUGAACGUUUAGUAGAUUCCUCAAAUUGCAAUCUGACGUUUUAAAUUACAUCUUAUCUUGAGGGUGUAGGACCCAUGACCUGUCAAAGAGUGGGUGUAGCAGUUGAAUGCUAACACAAAACUUGUUAAAACAUGAAGGUAUUCAGUUUUUUGAAAGAGAUUUUCUCUUUCCAGAACUCUAGAUGUUUAAUCUCUGAAUUGCUCUGCAGUGUUCAUAUACAUGUUUAUUUAAUCAUCUAACUCCACAUUUACUUUACAGUGCAUAUUCUGUCAGAGCAGUUUCAUUGAGCUCUUCUACAAAUGAUUCCACUUGAAAACACUUUACUACACUAUGCAAAAUGUUUCACUGCCUCACUGUAAACACCGUACAGAGCCACACAGUUCUCAAACAAUUGUGUGUGAAAUCUUGAACCUUUAUCUCUAUUAAUGCAUAUUUCCAGUGUGUACAGAAAUGUUUAAUGUGGUAAAUAAGAAUUGUUUUUGUUAAUAAAGCUGAUACGAGCCAUUCGAUGUUUUGACAAAGCAUCAUUUUUUUUUGCUGUAAAUAUGUUUAACAAUUUUUCUUGGAAUAAAUGAUCAAAACAA